AUGAACGCCCCUAGAGAUCCCCAAAAGGGCAAUCGAGCCAGCGAUUUGCUAACGAAGAGGAAGCGCGCCGAUACUGAUCCGAUCGCACCAAACAAAAAACCCAAGCUUGAAGCUAGCCUUAACUUAUCGUCGACUGAGGAUAUUAAAAUGCUCCAAGUUUUGGAGUCUAAAUACGAUAUCAAAUGUCAACUCGAUAAUCUCGUCUUCGAAAAUCCAAAAGAAAGUCGUUUCCAUUCUCAACACCUUACUAGUCCCGCUACUGGCAAGACCAGUGUGAUUGUUUUGCGCGCUAAAGCUUCCGACACGGGCAAGUUGGUCUCGGUAGCCGAAAUCGCGAAGCGCGAGUUAGAAAAACGAGCGGACGAUGCGCGCAUCUGGUUUCAAUACAUCGCGCUAGGUGAAGAGCUUAAGGAAAUACCUAGAGGCGAUGGUAAUACUAUUAUUGAGGAAACGAAGCUAGGCGACACUGGUGAUGACGACUUUGAGACCUUGAAGACUCCUUUUGAAAGAGCUAUCGAAGGCCAACCACGUUGGAGAGGAAUACCUGUCAUGAGCCUGUUCCUUUCUCCAGUUUCCAUCGAGGAACUCAAGAGGCGAUACGGGGAACAAACGAAUGCCGGCUCUAAGUAG